CUUCAGGUGUUCUUCUCCUGUGUAAACAUUUCCUCUGCUGGAAGAAGGCCAGUCAUUUGGUGGACGCUUGGAGUUCUCAUUUGGUUUUGAGGAAAAAGCCAUGCCUGUGUUAUCAGAAGAUUCAGGUUUGCACGAGACCCUUGCUCUCUUGACAUCACAGCUGAGGCCUGACUCCAACCACAAGGAAGAAAUGGUGUUCUUGAAGGACAUUUUCAGCGAGAGAAGUCUUAGCUAUUUAAUGAAGAUUCAUGAAAAGCUGUGCCAUUAUGAAAGGCAGAGCCCGGUUCCUGUUCUGCACAGUGCGUCGGCUCUAGCUGAAGAUGUGAUAGAAGAAUUGCAGACGGCGCCCAUGAAUAAUGACGAAAAAGAGCUGCUUCAGCUGCUGUCUACGCCCCAUCUCAGGGCAAUGCUUGUUGUGCAUGACACUGUUGCCCAGAAGAAUUUCGACCCUGUCCUUCCUCCUUUGCCAGACAAUUUUGAUGAAGAUUUUGAUGAGGAAUCGGUGAAAAUAGUUCGUCUGGUGAAGAAUAAAGAGCCAUUGGGUGCAACCAUCCGGCGAGAUGAGCACACUGGCGCUGUAAUUGUGGCACGGAUCAUGAGGGGCGGGGCAGCUGAUCGCAGUGGUCUUGUGCAUGUAGGCGAUGAGCUGCGCGAAGUGAAUGGCGUUGCUGUUCUCCACAAACGACCUGAGGAGAUUAGCCAGAUUUUGGCUCAAUCCCAGGGAUCGAUAACGUUGAAAAUAAUUCCAGCCAUCAAAGAAGAAGAUCGCCUGAAGGAAAGCAAGGUGUUCAUGAGAGCCCUUUUCUCCUACAACCCCAAAGAAGACAAAGCCAUCCCUUGCCAGGAAGCUGGGCUGCCAUUUCAGAGGCGACAGAUCUUGGAAGUGGUGAGCCAGGAUGACCCAACGUGGUGGCAGGCCAAGCGUGUGGGCGACACGAACCUUCGGGCUGGGCUGAUCCCCUCAAAGCAGUUCCAGGAAAGGCGUCUGAUGUACAGGAGGACCAUCGGUGCUCUGCACAACACCAGAAGCGCAACGAAACCACUCUACGAUCAGUCUUCCGAGAAAGAAGACUGUGACUGCGAGGGGUACUUCAAUGGACAAUACAUAGCUGGCUUGCGGCGGAGCUUCCGGCUGAGCCGAAAGGAGAAGCAAAGCAGCCAGCCCGAAACCAAGCAAGCUGAACCGACUCAAACCUCUGAACUCCUCACGUAUGAGGAAGUCACCAAAUACCAGCAGCAGCCGGGUGACAGAAAGAGACUGGUGGUUUUGAUUGGUUCUUUGGGGUCCCGAUUAAAUGAACUCAAGCAGAAGGUGGUGGCUGAGAACCCCCAGGAGUAUGGGGUUGCGGUGCCACAUACUACAAGGUCCAAAAAGAGUCAUGAAAAGGAGGGGGUGGAGUACAACUUCGUUUCGAAGCAGUCCUUUGAGACUGACGUGCAGCAUAACAAGUUUGUAGAACAUGGAGAGUAUAAGGAGAAUCUCUAUGGGACAAGCUUGGAGGCCAUACAGUCAGUCAUGUCCAAGAACAAAGUAUGCCUUGUGGAUGUCGUGCCUGAGGCUGUGAAGCACUUGAGGACGUCCGAGUUCAAGCCCCAUGUUGUGUUUGUGAAGCCUCUUAUUUCGGAAAAGAAAAAGAACGCCCCGACGUCUCUAGCACCAGAGGACAUAUCUGUCCCACUGGAUGAGGAACAGCUAGAAAUGGCUAACUCAGCUGCCUUCAUUGAAGAACAGUAUGGCCACCUAGUUGACACGGUCCUGGUGAAAGAAGACCUCCAUAGUGCCUGCAGCCAGUUGAAAGCCAUACUGGAGAAACUGAACACAGACUCCUUUUGGGUGCCGGUCUCAUGGGUCAGAUCAUAGUCAGCGACGCUGUUCCAAAUUAGGCGAGAUACCUGUUUGCUAAUAUGCUGUAAAUAUAAUGGAUGAUCAAAAGGGAAACAAAACAAAACAAAACCCCCAUCCACUGGAAUUGCAGGUUUGCUUGGAAAGCAGCAAAGAGAAACUGUCUCCAUCUGGCAACUUUUUCUGAUGUAAUCAUUUCCUCUGUGGGAAUGAAAAAAAAAAAAGCAUUGUGGUGGAAUGAAAAAUCCCCACAGGAUCCAGCCCAGAGGUUUGCGAGCUGCUUAACAGUCCUGCAGAUGGAAGCCUUUAGCUUUUUUUUUUUUUUUUGUAAGUUGCCAUGCAGGAUCCAGAUACAACGAUCCAGAUGAAAAGAUGUUUCAGACUUUACUGAAUGAGGAAAAAAUACACUAGAAAAAAGAUGAUUGAAAGUUUACUGAAUGAGAAAAAUGCGCUAAUUCCAAAUGUUUGGUGAUUGACAAUAAAUGAACGAUUAAUUCUG